AUGAAAUUCAAGAGGACAAUACAGAAAACAUUUGGAUCGUCGAAGAUAAAGAGUAUACAGGUGCAUCCUACCAAGCCGAUAGGGAUAAUGGGGCUGUUUUCUGGGGAUAUCCAGGUUUGGGACAUCGACAAAAUGGGAAUGAUAAACAGCAUCCAUGUGUGUAAUGAACCGAUAAGAACCUGUGCAAUCUUGAGUAGGAUGGACUGGGUACUUGUGGGAAGUGACAACGGAAAGGUUAGCAUAUACGAACUGGGAAAGUACAGGAAGAUCAAGAUGUUUCAUGGGCAUGACGACUUCAUCAGGAAGAUCGAGGUCCACCCACAGGAACCGAUGUUUUUGACUGCCUCCGAUGAUUCGACACUGAAGAGCUGGACAUAUGAAGAGGAGAUUGUUCAGAAGAUGGUAUACACAGGACACAAGCACUUUGUAAUGGAUGUUUGUUUUUACCCGAAUGACUGCAGUAAGUUCGUAUCGUGCUCUCUGGACUCCACAAUCAAGGUAUGGCACAUAGGACAGCCGCAUUGUGUGAAAACGUUCAAGGGACACGCGUCUGGAGUAAACAGUAUAUGCUUUCUGAGUGGAGAUUAUCUGGUUUCUGGGGCAGACGACCUAACAUUGAAGGUUUGGGACUUCCAAACAACACAGUGCAUAACAACCCUCGCAGGACAUACAAACAAUGUCAACAAGGUGUAUCCGUUUAGUAGCUUCUCUCUUUUUGCUUCAUGUGGAGAGGAUGGAAGCAUGCGGCUAUGGAACAGCAAGACAUUCAAGCAGGAGGAUCUGAUUAUGCUGCAAGGGGGAAGAGUAUGGGAUGUGAAGGAGAAGGACGGAAGGAUAAUUGUUGGGUGUGAUGAAGAGCUUGUCUUUAUCAAUGCUUGGCAGGGAUCAUCUCUUGUUCGGAUGAGUAGGAACAGAAUAUUCUACUCUGCAUCUGGGUCUAUGUUUGGUACCAGGAGUGACAACAUAGGUGUGGUCAAAGAGUUGCAUAACAUUGGAUUCUACCCCGACGAGUUAGAGGUGUCCCCGAGUGGAAAGACAAUAGCAGUUGGGAACGAGGGAGAGUUUAAGAUCUUUUCAUCUCUGGGAUUUCGAAACAAGUUUGGCGGAGAGGGAAGAGAUUUCCACUUCAUAGAGGAUGAUGAAUUUGUUGUGAGAAACGGAGAGGUUGUGAACUUCUACAAGAAGGCCGAAGUGAUCCGAAGUAUUAGCAUCAAGGGGAUCAGCAAAGUGUUUUUUCUAAGUCCUAGGUUGAUAGGAUGCAAUGUCUGCGAUCAGACGAGAAUUUACCUAUCUACUGGAGAGUUCGUGUCAUCUGUUAGUCAUGCGUCCGACCAUCUUGCCAUGAUCGGAGACUUUCUGAUUGCAUGUGGAGCAUUUAUAAGCAUCUACAGAGUGGACCAUGAAGUGAUCAACGGGUUUAUUGAACAGGAGAUUGAGAUUCCAGAGGAAGGGAUAAAGGAAGCAUUAAUACAUCUUGGGACUGAGUACUAUUCGGUAGCAUCCUGGUGUGCAAAAGAAGAUGUUUUCUACUUUGUAUCAAAUGGUAAGGGAUACUAUCUCAUCCUGGGAGACAAGCCAUAUGUAUAUCAUUUUUCAUCUAUUGACGGCACAAUUGCCGGAGUUGAGAACGGAGUUCUGUUUUAUCUCCGCGACAAAUCAAUUGAGUGCAAAAGGAUAGAUGGGGAGUUUCUUGAGUUCCAAAGAUCUGUAAUACUUGGGAAAGAAUACAAGGUGACGGAGGGGAUCCGCAGUAAGGCGAUUGCAUUUUUCGAGUCUCUGGAAAUGCACGAGAAUGCUCUAGAUCUUUGCAUAGACGACAACCAGAGAUUUGAGAUUCUUCUCAAGCUGGACAGGUAUGAUGAGGCAUUUUCAAAAGCAAACAGUAUAGUCAAGUAUGACAAGCUUGGAAGAUACUUUCUCAGGGCCGGAGAGCUUCCGAAGGCAUCUGAAUGCUUUCUUAAGUCGAGGAACUGGGUAAGCUUGCUCCUUUCAGACAUUCUAUCUUCGAAGAAAAAUCUUUCUCUUGCAGCAUCCGAGUGUAAAAAAGAGGGAAGGCUGAACCAUGCAUUCUUCGCAUACCUCAAGAGCGGACAGUAUAUUGAGUGUGCCAAACUGCUGGAAAAAACUCCUUUCUCGACCUUGUUUGCUAAGAACUAUCUUGAUUAA